AUGUCUGGGGUGUUUCGAUAUCUGAGACAAGUUUUUGGAUUCUCAAGAUCCCAAGGGCCCCUUUCCAAGACUCCCAGCGUCCUCCAGCAUGCUACCCCUCGAGAUUUGACCCAGUUCGCGGAGGGUGACAGAGUGCUUGUUGAUGGAUCAAAGCUCACUUUCCCUCUGCAGCGGAACUCGAAGUACGAUUCAUCGAAGGGCCAAAUCCCCCUGAACGACAUCAUCGGCAAACCAGUCACUUCAACGUACGUCCGAUCUUCAAAGGGGUCUCUACAUAAGAUCGAAAUCCCGUCGCUUGAGGACUAUGUCACGCUCACCCCCAGGCUCGUGACUCCGGUCUAUUCCAGCUAUGCGUCAUCGAUCGUCUCUCUACUAGACAUACACCCAGAGCCAUACACCGCAUUUCCAGACAAGGGUGUCCCACUACCCUGCCUCCAGAUCCUGGAAGCAGGUACGGGUCAUGGCAGCCUCACACUGCAUCUCGCUCGAGCGAUAGCCGCCGCGAACCCGCCUCCUCCGGCCAUUCAGCUACCCAACCUGCGUAGAGUGACAAAGUCACCAACGCAUUCAUUCCCCGCAACUGAAGAAGCUCACUCCGAGUCUAAUUCGCUCCGGCGGGCGUGGGACGAAUGGAAACAAAGCCGUCGUGCAGUUCUACAUACAGUGGAAGUUGUUCCAGCGAAUAGCGUCCACGCCGAAAAGAUAGUGCGUGGGUUCCGGAGGGGUCUAUACUGGCCGCAUGUGGAUUUCUACACGGGAGGGGUGAAGGAGUGGAUCGCAAACAAACGAAAUAUAAAUGCCGAAUUUCUCGACUUUGUCCUCCUUGAUAUGCCUGGCGUUCAUUCUCAGAUUCAACACGUUGAGCCCACGAUGCGCGACGGGGCAAAACUAGUUGUGUUUGUGCCCUCGAUUACCCAAAUCGCGGAUUGUGUGAAGGUCGUUCAAGAGCUGUCGUUAGCACUGAACAUGGAGAAGGUUUUGGAACUAGGUGAGGGUAUAAGUUCGGGAAGGAAGUGGGACGUCAGGUUUGUGAAGCCGAGAAAGGGGACCACCUCCACUAAUACCGAUGGAAAGACCAAACGUGCUGGUUCGGAGAAAGUGCCUGUUGUGGUUUCGAAGGCGGGAGAUGAGAAUAAGCUCUCGGAUUGUGCGAACAACAAGGACACUGAGGAUGAGGAGCCUGCUGAGGACGAAAUCUCCCCGACAUCGCAAGAAGACCAGCCAGUCAUGGUCUGCCGCCCGCUCGUCGGCGAACGUACCUUCGGAGGCGGUUUCAUCGCGCUGUUCAGGAAGACCUCAUCGGAGUCCAGAGCACUGGCCGCAGAGUGGCGGCAGAGUCAGACGGGGAGGGCGAAGAAGCGAAAUCGUUAG